AUGGGCUCCCUUGAAUUGGAAGGGCUUGUUGAGAUUACCGGUAUUCUCGUUGGGCUUCUCCAUGUUUUCUAUAGUGAAAGAAGGCUAAAAAUUGAAGCAGGAUCACUAUACCUGCCCAAGGACGACGAGUUGAAGCCACGAGGGGAUGAUGCUCACUUCAUCUAUACCAAGAAGCAAACAAUUGGCUUGGCAGAUGGUGUUGGUGGUUGGACUUGGAGGGGUGUGGACGCAGGCAAAUAUGCUCAGCAGCUCAUGACUAACUCUCUUAUUGCAUUUCACAACCAACCUAAGGGAGCUGUGAACCCCAAAAUGGUUUUGUUUGAAGCUUAUUCAAACACUAAGGCGCAAGUAUCAUCCACAGCUUGCAUUAUUACUCUCGAUGGACAUGAGUUGGAAGUGGAAGUGGAAGUUGAAGAAGACGACAUUGUGGUAGUUGGAACAGAUGGCUUGCUUGACAACUUGCAUGAAAGUGAGAUUAAAGAGAUCAUAAACCAUGGUGUCUAA